GCCGUCGCUUUGGUCUCUGGCUGGAGCCUGAGGACGCAGGGAGGAUCUGUCUCUAGGUGACCGCGGACUGUAGACACCGCCAUGGCCCCUGUGCUGAGCAAGGACGCGGCGGACAUCGAGAGCAUCCUGGCUUUAAAUCCUCGCAUACAAACUCAUGCAACUCUGCGUUCCACUGCGGCCAAGAAAUUAGACAAGAAACAUUGGAAAAGAAAUGCUGACAAGAACUGCUUUAAUUGCGAGAAGCUGGAGAAUAAUUUUGAUGACAUCAAGCACACAACUCUUGGUGAGCGAGGCGCUCUCCGAGAAGCAAUGAG